AUGGCCGCGCCCGAUGGCGAAAGCGCAGCGACGCCUGCGCCGCCCAAACCCCGACUGAAGCUCAAUGUCAGCCGCUCCUCGUCUCUCGUCGGAGACGCUUCUACCACCGCUGCCGCCGUCGCCGCCGCCGCCGCAGCUUCAGCCUCAGCCCCCGUGCCCGCCUCCGCGCGGCCUGUCCCCCUGGCUUCGUUCGCGACGACGACUUCGGCCCUGGCGACGCCCGGCGAAGGCGCCCCGCGCAAGGUCAAGCUCAAGAUAAAUGCAUCGCAGCCCUCGACGCCCGCCGACAAGCUCCCUCCCGCGGCCAAGACCAAGGCCGGGCGGCAGCCCAAGCCGACGCAGAAGCUCGUCGAGAGCAAGAAGCGGCCGCUCCUCGACGACGACGACGACCUGCCGCUCGCCGUCACCGCCAAAAAGGCCGGCGGCGGCACGGCCACGCCCAAGGCAAAGAUCAGGAUUCGGCAGACGAGCAAGUCGGGCCCCACCCAAGUAGUGUUGAAGCCGCGUGGUCGUCCGCCCCAUCACCCGCCCGGCGACGGCUACGACUCCGAGGCCAGCGACCGCGAGAUCGACCCGGCCAUCGAGGAGCAGUUUAUCCUGCGCAUGUUCCCCGGCGAACACUGCGAAUACGUGCGCUCGUGCAUGGAAAACGGCAAGAUGGGGGUGCCCAGGAGCCAGGGCGGCGCCGACGUUCUGCUCAAGUUCUUCGACGAGGAGUCGCGGCGGGCCGUCGUGACGGUCAAGGGCCAGCCCUUUGCCGCCGUCAUGGUCGACCUGCCCACCAUCACCGAGGCCAUGAAGACGUGGGACAAGAAGUCGCUCAUGAAGUCGGCCGACGUCUGCCAGAUGCUUCUCGUCUUCCAAAAGGUAAAGGACGACAAUGAGGCCAAGACGGCGCCCCUGCCCCCCAUGAUCGACUCCAACUUCAAGUGGCCUCACGGCCUCACCCCACCCAUGCACGACUGCGUCAACCGCCGCUUCGCAAAGACAAUCAGCCGCAAGGAGAUUGAGGACAAGGAGGCCGAGGUGGAGCGGCUGCUGGCCGAGGACGCUAAGGCCGUCUCGACCAGGUGGGAGUGGGUGGAAGAGCGCCGCCAGGAGGCCGACGACGAAGACGUGGCUGACGAGGACGCCGAGGGCGAGGUCGACGACGGCAUGAGCUUCUUCGGGGCCGCCCCGUCCCUCGCCCCGGGCGACGUCGACGACAACGACCUGGAAGCCGACCUCGAGGCCGCCUUUGCCGACGAAAUCAUGGGCGGCACGCCCGCCACGGGCCUCGACGUGCCCACCCCGAUGACGGCGCAGGUCGAGACCCCCGCGGCGGCCCUGCAGGAGAGCAUUGAAAACGACGACGAGUCGGAAGAUGACGACGAUGACGACGACGAUGAUGACGAUGACGACGAGGACCUCGACGAGGACCAGCGCGCCCAGCGCGAUGAGGAGCAGGGCGUGCGCGACAUCAUAAAGGACCUCGAGGAGCAGCUCAAGCAGCGCAUCAAGGACCUGGAAAAGACGAACAACAAGAUCCUCGUCACGCGCGUCGAGAACCAGAUCAAGCAGCUGCGCUCCGAGAUUGAGCUCAAGAAGUCGUCCAUUGGCAUGGAGACGGAUGACUGA